AUGGAAAUACUAAAUGAAUUAUUUAAGAAGAAACCAAAAAAAUAGCAAUAAACAAAUGAAAGAGAAUACACAGAUUUGAGUGACAUUUAAAUGAUGAUUCAAUAUACUUAGAGAAGACAGGGAUUGGGAUUUGACGAUAUUGAUAGAAGAGCAAAAUUUUAAUAGCCUUUUGUGAAGAAAUUGAAAAAGGAUCAGAUUGUAAAGAAAUAGGAGAAACAAAAUGAGAGUGAAGAACCAAAGUAAAAAGAAGAAGGUGGUAAGAAGGUAGAAAACAAACUUAGUAAGAGCACAAUAAAAAUAAAAAAGAAAUAAUUUGUAAUAAUCUGA